AUGGAUAAGAGACUUGAGAAAUUGGAGCAGAUGCAAAAAGAAAUACAAGAACAAAUGCAGUCUCAGAUGCAAGAGCAACUAACCAAGAUUCAGCGAGAGAUGAAAGAGCAAAUGAUGGAGUCCCAGAGGGAAAUGAUGAGUCAGCUAUCCCAGCUGUUGUUGAAAGGAGCGGAUAAGGGAAAGGGCCCUAUGGAUAAAGUUGAAGAAACUAACGAGGAUCCUCAAUACCCCCCUGGCUUCACUCUGACGUAUGUACCGAUAAAGCCCGAGAUUAAUUUACCGAAACCAUCUAUCACGAUCAUGCCCCAGCAAUACCAGGCCAAUGCCUCGACACCAAUAAACAUUCCUAUAGGAUCAGGCUCUAAUCCCAGGGAUAAUCCAGCUAAUCCAUUUGUCCUGGACCUUGAUGACAUGGCAAAAAUGGAGAAAGGAAAAAUAGAUAUGGCAAAACAACUCGAUAAUCGGUGCAAAUGGCUUGAGGAAAAAUUCAAAGCAAUGGAAGCUAUCGACAUCGUAUGGAUCGACGCCAAGGACUUAAGCUUGGUCCCAGAUCUGGUGCUCCCACCAAAAUUUAAAACCCCGGAGUUUGAAAAGUAUAACGGGACGAGCUGCCCUGAAGAUCAUAUUACGAUGUUCUGUCGAAGGAUGACAGGGUAUGUUAACAAUGAUCAGCUGUUGAUCCACUGUUUCCAAGAUAGUUUGAUCGGAUCUGCGGCCAAGUGGUAUAACCAGCUCAGCCGUGCCCAAAUUGGUUCAUGGAAGGACUUGUCUCAAGCUUUCAUAAAACAAUACGGUCACGCGGCGGACAUAGCUUUUGAUGUAAUCACCCUACAAAACAUGGAAAAGAAGCCAAGUGAAACCUUCAGACAAUAUGCACAACGAUGGAGGGAAAUAGCGAUGCAAGUCCAGCCACCCCUCUUGGAGAAGGAAACGACCAUGCUAUUUAUUAAUACUCUAAAGGCCCCAUUCAUUAACCACAUGUUAGGAAGUGCUACUAAAAGCUUCUCGGACAUAGUAAUGUCCGGGGAGAUGAUAGAAAACGCGGUAAGAUGUGGAAAGAUUGAAGCAGGGGAAAAUGCCAAGAGAACGGCUCCAAGAAGGAAAGAAAACGAGGUGAACAAUGCGAGCGCAUAUUAUAAGGGUUAUUCCAAGCCGGUCACAGUAAACCAGCUGAGGGCAGUGACUACUAGCCAUCAGGGCUCCGCAAGUCAAGAUUCCAACCCAAGGCCUAACACAGAAAGAGUUCAAUUCACGCCAAUUCCAAUGACGUAUAAGGAGCUUUACAAGAACCUGUUCGACGCACAUGUAGUGUCCCCAUUUUACCUAAAACCCAUGCAACCUCCAUUCGCUAAGUGGUAUGAUGCAAACGCUCAAUGCGAAUACCAUGCAGGAAUCUCGGGACACACAAUUGAAAACUGCACGGCCUUCAAGAAAUUGGUCGAAAGGUUCAUAAAGAUGGGCAUUGUGAAGUUCGAUGAUCCCACAGGACCUAAUGUGGAGGGAAAUCCGUUACCCAGUCAUUCAGAUAAAGGGGUAAACGCGAUAGUCGAAAAUGAAGGGAGGAGAACCAAGAUCGAUAUAUCAGGGGUAAAGACUCCAUUGAAGUGGGUUUGGAAGGAAAUGGUAGAAGAAGGUUUACUUACACAAGGUUUAGGGGAGAAGCCCGAAGGAGCAAAAUACUACUGCGAAUAUCACAAUAAAGAGGGUCAUGAGAUCUAG